GCCUUCUACAACAAUGGCUGGAGCAGCGGACAAAUUAGCAUGGUACUUGGUGAUAACACAUACUCGGUGUGUCUCUAUACUUCUAUGGAAACUAUUCUAUUCAAACAUUCAGAUUUGCGAAUUCAUAGAGAAUGGAAAGAUGGAGUCUGGAAGAUGGCAGAUAAGGUGAAGCCUGAUAAGAAAAGGAAAGCUGCUGCCUCAUCACAAAAUUCAGGAAUGGAUAAUGUUUUCCUAAGAAGGAGCGAGAGGGUGCCUAAACGAUCUAGAGACACAAAAACUCCAUUCAAGUCUGACAGAAAUCCGGCUUUAACUGUAAUACCUGAGAUUAUACCUGCAGUUGAUCCGUUUUCAACUCCUGCGGAACAUAAGCUUUCAAGGCUUCAAAAUUGGAUGACAUUAAAGCCCGGCAUGCAUGAAACGUAAGCAUGUUUCUGUCCUUGUCUAUAUAUUCUUAUAUUUAUGUAUAAGAGGUUUGGUAAUUCCUUUGAAUCUUUAAUCGACUGCAGGUCCCUAUCAAUCAAUGAUAAUAAGAUAAGGAAAUCUUUCUUUCAAAGCAUGGAAAAUGCAAAAAAGGA